UAAAUCUAUUUUUCCGUGGCUUAGACUUCUCCCAAGGGAGAGUGAGGCCAACUCACAAGGAACUCAUGGAGGAAUGCUUCCGGCACCCGCCCGCACGCAAUCUCCCCACUCCCUCCUCCCUAUAACAGCAGCCCUUCUCCUUCCUCCUCCUCUGAAACUCCGUCGCGCCGCCACCCACCAUGCCUCUCUGUGCCUCCUCUCUUUCGUUUUCUCCCUCCAUCAGAUGGAGACCCAGUUGCUCCACUGGGAUGACGGCUCCGGAGAAAAAUUCUCAGCGGUGCGAUCGAGCCGCUGAGUUAACCUUUCCUGAUGGGGAUUUGGGCCCCGUCCGAAAGUUCAGGAUGUCGGAUUUUGCCUUAUGCGAUCGUGUAAGCGUCGGCCUCCAAGGCAGAAGGGACGAGGUGAUCUUUGAGGCCACGGUUAGGGAUUCGAAUAGCCCGUUGUACAACUCGAGGGUGGUGCUUCGAGAUCUAACUAGUGUACAAGCGAAGCGGCGAGGUAGACGAGCAUUGGAGGUUUUGAAGAAACUUGUUCGGCGGCAGCUCAUGUAUCACUCUUAUGCGAUGCAAGUUCAUGGUUAUGUUUCCCCAUCAAGUGGCGAGGAGGGAGAUCACUUCAUCCUGGUACAUAGUGUAAGAAUCUAUGAUCCAGUUGAGUUUGAUGUCCAUUUGAGUAGAUUUGUUGAUUAUGAUGACAUUUCAAGGAUUAAUUGAUUUCUGAUCCUUCUCUUUAUUGUGAUUUCUCAUCUGUAGAAAUUGAAUUGAGUCAGUCUCUACUUUGAUAUGUUUGCUCUCUUAUUAUCAUAUGUCAGAAUGAGAAGUGUUUUGAGCUUUUUAUUGCCUCAGGUUUCUGCAGGGUGAGUUGCUUGAGGAGUCUAAUGAGUGGAGUAUAAGUGUAAUUGGGUCCCGCAACAUAUAAAAACUAAAAAAAAAGCUUGACCCGACCCGAAUCAACACAGAAAAUUUAAUAGGUGCGUUUAUCGUGAACCCGACUCGAAUUAAAUCCCGAAAUAGACAAAAACUUACUUUAUGUUAGAUUCGGCGUUUUUGGAGCCUUUCCUUCUUCGACAUUCGACUUCUUCCUUCUUCAACAUUCGACUUCUUCCUCCUUCGGCUUCGGGCCUCUUCCUUCUUCAACUUUUCCGGCUUUCUUCGGCACUUCGGACGACAGUUUGUCUUCGGCGGCAGUGGUUCUCCAUUCGGACGGCUGGUGGUGGUACUCCAUUCGGUUUCAACUCUUGAAAACGGAAGCACACAAAUGGAAGGUCGCCAGGGAGCC